AGCCUGUCUGCCCUACCCCCUGCUCCCUGCUCUAUAGGCAGAUUCCCAUGUGUCAUUCCCUCCGUUCUGUGUUCCGAUUGGUCCCUAAUUGUGAUCUCAGAGGAUUCAGCUGAGGAGGCAGAGCUAUAAAAACCCUUGGAGAGGAGAAGAAUGAGUGGCCAGUCUGUGGGACCACAGUACCAUAUUGUGUGACGGCCAACACUGCCCAGGUACCAGUAUGGAGAAUUCCUCGUACUCGCAGCCUUCAAUGCUGACCCUCGGUUUUGGGCAACUGAGGGAAAUUAAGUAUUUCUACAGCACUUUGGUUUUACUUUGUUUCAUGAUAAUAGUUGUGUCCAACAGUGCGGUGAUCAGUGCCAUAGCGAUGCACAGGAGCUUGCAGGAACCGAUGUUCAUCUUCAUUGCCUUUCUGUGUAUCAAUGGACUCUACGGGAGCGUGAUUUUUUUCCCUUUUCUCUUUGUAAACCUUCUUUCCAAAACCCAAGUCAUUUCCUAUGUUGGUUGUAUAAUACAAGUGUUCAGCAUUCACACGUACAUAAGCUGUGAGGUGACCAUUUUGGCGGUUAUGGCGCUUGACCGCUACGUGUGCAUCUGCAACCCUCUGAGAUACAGCAGCAUCAUGUCCUUAGCCACAGUGUUCAAGCUGAUUGGGGCAGCCUGGCUGUAUGUGAUCGCCCUGAUCGCUAUCCUUGUGUUACUGACCAUCCGCCUGCCCUUGUGCGGCUCCGUCAUACAGAAGAUCUACUGUGACAACAUAUCAGUGGUGAAGCUCUCCUGUACGGACACAACAGCCAACAAUGUAUUUGGCCUGCUUAUUACAGCCGCUAUUAUUGGCUUAAUGCCGAUACUUACCUUGAUGUCCUAUGCUCAGAUUCUGAGGGUGUGCAUGAAGGCAUCUAAGGCUUUCCGAGCCAAAGCCUUGCAGACUUGCACCCCGCAUCUCGUAACUCUCACCUAUUUUGUAGCCGACGUACUUUUUGAGAUACUGCUGCCUCGUUUUCCAAGCACCACGUUACCCUACGAGCUGAGGGUCCUCAUGUCAGUGCAAGCCUUUGUCAUUGCCCCCAUUCUUCACCCCCUCAUCUAUGGCUGGAAGCUGAGAGAGAUCAGACUCAGGGUGCUUCAGAUGUUUGGUGCAAAGCCAAUUGCAGAUUUACACAAUAAUCUCUGAAUGCAGUGACUCUCCAGGAACGGUUUGGAAGCAACAUGCACUGGGUGCCAUCUUAUUCUGGUUUAGACAUAAGUCCAAGUGUCUCCAUUUCCAUGGUGUCUGAUAUGUAACACAAUGAAAACACUAAACCCAAUGAAAAAUACCAAAAACAAUGAGGAUGGUAGCAAAGGGAGGUGGGGCCAGUGAUGGGACACUCUCUAUUGGACCUUUGUAAGUAAAAACCUCACAAGAAGCCUGUGAGAUCUACUGUAGAAGAGCGAGAAUCAGACAUGUGACAAAUAUUAGAUUUUUCAUUUUAAAAGGGGUGUAAACCCAGCCAUUCUGGGUCCUAGUUCCUGUAAGACCCAACAAAAAGGGGGCAAAAUAUACUUGUAUCUCCAUCCUACACACACUGUCCCAGAGACACAGAGUCCCUUACUGCGUGCCAACUGGAUGGCUUUGGGAGAACUUAUGAACUUUUUUUUUCACAUGGUGAAAAGGACCAUUUACCCAGGGCCCACCAUUUUAUUUGCUAUAACAUUUGUCUGAAGGACCCACCAUCCAAAAAUGGCCAACCCCACAUGGCCCACCAUCAAUUGGAGGAGAUUUCAUUUCCAAGUGACUUGAUUUAAGGGGAUAUAAACUGCUGCACAGCGCGGCUCAACCAAACUUUACUCAGUUGUUACUGGGCUACAAAUCCCAGAAUAAUGUAACAUAUAAUGAAGCUUGGGGCAUGCUGGGAGCUGUAGUCCAGCAACAUCAGGGCUGUAUUCUUAAAGCAAUAUUGCACAAUAAAACUUUUCCCCAA